AUGUCAAAGAGCUCUCUAUCUUCAAUUCCUUUCGCGAACCUCGUCAAGUCUCCCCUAUCUCCUCCAGCUACCCCUUCCCUCAAUAUCGUAAUGGUGUUCGACAUCAUUACCGCCACCGCCCUCUGCCCCGCCAUCGUCGCUACAAAACUCGCCAUCGAAGGCGGUACAAAAGGCAAUCGCAAUGGGGGCAACAAGUCUUUGCCUCUAGAGCUCUAUGUCAAGUUUCCUGGAGGGCAUCCUUAUAGGAGAAAAUUUGAGGGAGCUAGGGUAGUUCUGUCGAAUGGCAAGCUAUACGUAGAGCACGCCGACUCCCACUUCGACCACAACACCUAUCAACCCGUCGUAUGCCGCUAUCAACCAUGUCCCGAAUACGCCCUCCCCUGGGCUCGCGUCGGCUACAAAGGCGACUGCUUCACCACCACCACCUCCCCCACCUCCGACACCCCCUCCCGCAUCUACGUCAACAGAAAUACCAACGAACUCCGGUACGGUUCCGUCGAAGAGUCUGAGUCGCACUCCCCGGGUCCUUGGGACUGUACAGAGCUGGAUAAUAGAGUGUUGUUUGAAGGGUGGGAAGGGUUUGUGGUGGUGCAAGAGGAUGAGGAGAAGGAUCUGUGGGCGUUGUAUUUUGAUAGAAGCGAUGAUGGGUUGACGGGGGAGGGGAUGGUGGGGGAUGUGGAGACGACGGGGGUGCAGAUGAGGAUGAUGUAUGUGCAUUUGGGGAGGAGGGAAAGUCCGAGGACGCUGGCGAAGCAUAGGGAGGAGAAGGAGCAGCAGAGGAAGAAGAAGGAGGAGGCGCCGGAUAAUGCGAGCGGGCUGUAG